CCACAGGUAAAACCUUACUGAGCGAUAAUAACAUUGUUACCUUGCCCACACCCUGUCCCCUUUAAUCUGUAGGCACACAGAGCUAGGGGAUGCCCAGCACCAGCUAUAAGUCAUGCUAUUGCCCACCCCCUGUCAAUCAUCAGCCUACACAACCUGUAAGCUCCCCUGCUGAGCAGCCAAAUGCUGUGUGCAUAAUGCUGUGAUCGGAUGCUGUAUGGACCAAUUGUGCAGACCCUGGAAGAAUAGGCACAGGGGAGGCUCGAUCCUUCCCCCUUCUCCUCUGUAUCCCUGGAGUAGCAAUUAGUGUUUGUGUUACAUUGUAUCUCACACAGGGUGGAAUAGCCAUUGUCUCAGUAACAGGUUCUGCUGCUGAUGCUGGUGGUCAUUGUGCUGGUCCUGCUGUUGGAUUAAGGUCAGGCUGUGGAUGCUCUGCACUUAUUGGGCAGCCCUGUGUUCCUCCUCUCUGCUGGAGCUGCCUGCUCAGGAAUGAUGCUAGCUUUGGGGAAUCCAAGUUGCUUGCUCAUCUGCUGGCUGUCAGUGUUAAACUAGGUGGUGGGAGACAGGCAUCUUCCCAGCACAUCACAGGAGCUUUCACUGAAGGCACAGACCUGGGAUUAUGGACUAAGAGCCUCAGCGCCAUGGAGUUAAUAUUGGGAAUAUUCUGCAUUAUUGCCUCUUUCACACCAGUUCCAGGAUUUGGUGUGGACCCCUCCCUGCAGAUUGAUAUCCUGGAAGAACUCCAACUGGGAGAGGCUACCACCCCAGGAGUGCAGCAGGUCCAAGGACUGCAUAACAGGAGCAGAGCCUAUCUCUUCCAAGAUGCUGCAAGAAGUUUAAAAGCUGCCCCAGGCACGGCAGAAACAUUAUUUCAGAAAUUGAGAAAUAAACAUGAAUUUACCAUUUUGGUGACUUUGAAGCAGACGGCUCUGAAUUCUGGUGUAAUUCUUUCAAUUCAUCACUCAGAUCAUCGGUAUCUGGAACUCGAAAGUAGUGGGCAUCGAAAUGAAGUCCGAUUGCAUUAUCGUUCAGGAAGCCAUCAUUCCCACACAGAAGUUUUUCCCUACAUACUGGCCGACGGCAAAUGGCAUCGCUUGUCUUUGGCCAUCAGUGCGUCUCAUUUGGUGUUACACGUAGACUGUAACAAGAUUUAUGAAAGGAUUGUGGAAAAGCCAUAUAUGGAUGUACCAUCAGACACAACUUUAUGGGUUGGCCAAAGAAAUAAUGCGCAUGGAUUUUUUAAGGGAAUAAUGCAAGAUCUACAAAUUGUUGUCAUGCCACAAGGAUUUAUCUCUCAGUGUCCUGAUCUUAAUCGCACCUGCCCGACGUGCAAUGACUUUCAUGGACUUGUUCAGAAAAUAAUGGAGUUACAAGACAUUCUAGCAAAGACAUCAGCAAAGCUGUCAAGAGCUGAGCAGAGAAUGACUAGACUGGAUCAAUGCUACUGUGAAAGGUCUUGCACUGUAAAGGGCAAUAUCUAUCGAGAAUUGGAAUCCUGGGCGGACGGCUGUAAGAAGUGUACAUGCAUGAAUGGAACCGUUCAGUGCGAAACGCAAAUCUGCCCUGUUAUCAAUUGCCCAGACAACGCAGCACCUGCCUACGUUCCUGGAAAAUGCUGUAAAGAAUGCCAACCUGUUUGCGUAUAUCAAGGCCAGUUGUAUUUUGAAGGGGAACGUGCGGCAGUAUAUUCUGGUACAGGAAUGUGCGUACUGUUCCAAUGCAAGGGUAAUAAAAUGCAACGAGCAGAGACCGAGACCUGUGCUCCCCUCAACUGUCCACAGUCACAUCAAAUAUCCCUGAGGAACAGCUGUUGCAAAGUUUGCAAAGGUCAUGACUUCUGCUCAGAAGGUCACUACUGUAUGGAAUAUUCAACCUGCAAAAACCUUGAUGAUGGAUCUGUUUGCAUCUGUCGAGAUGGUUUCAGGGAACUCCGCGAGGAUAGUGCUUAUUGUGAAGAUAUCGAUGAAUGUGCCGAAGGCCGCCAUUAUUGCCGGGAAAACACUGUGUGUGUGAACACUCCUGGAUCUUUCAUGUGUAUCUGCCAAACUGGUUAUUUAAAAAUCGAUGACUACUCCUGCACAGAGCACAAUGAAUGUGCCACAAACCAACACAGCUGUGAUGAGAAUGCUUUGUGUUUUAACACUGUUGGGGGGCACAAUUGCAUCUGUCAGCCAGGAUACAUAGGGAACGGCACAGUCUGCAAAGCAUUUUGCAAGGAUGGAUGUAGAAAUGGAGGAACCUGCAUUGCCCCCAAUGUGUGCGCAUGUCCACAGGGCUUCACUGGGUCCAGCUGUGAGACAGAUAUUGAUGAGUGCUCUGAAGGUUUUGUUCAAUGUGACAGCCGUGCUAACUGCAUUAACCUGCCGGGCUGGUACCACUGUGAAUGCAGAGAUGGCUACCACGACAAUGGAAUGUUCUCUCUGGGUGGAGAGUCAUGUGAAGACAUUGAUGAAUGUGUUACGGGGAGGCACAGCUGCAGUAAUGACACCGUUUGCUUCAAUCUGGAUGGGGGUUUUGACUGCCGGUGUCCUCACGGAAGAAACUGCACAGGUGAUUGUGUACACGAAGGGAAAAUCAAACACAAUGGUCAGAUAUGGGUGUUGGACAGUGAUCGUUGCUCUGUCUGCUCUUGUCAGGUUGGCUUAGUGAUGUGCCGUCGCAUGGUUUGUGAUUGUGAAAACCCCACUGUUGACCUGUUCUGUUGUCCUGAAUGUGACCCAAGGCUCACCAGUCAAUGUCUGCAUCAAAGUGGAGAAAUCACAUAUAAAAGUGGAGACACUUGGGUGCAAAACUGUCAGCAAUGCAGAUGCUUGCAAGGAGAAGUUGACUGUUGGCCCUUGUCAUGCCCAGAUGUGGAGUGUGAAUUUAGCGCAGUCCCUGAGAGUGAGUGCUGCCCUCGCUGCAUCAGUGACCCUUGCCAAGCUGACAUCAUACGCAAUGACAUCACAAAGACUUGUGUAGAUGAAACAAAUGUGGUUCGCUUUACGGGUUCCUCUUGGAUUAAACAUGGUACAGAGUGCACCCUCUGUCAGUGCAAGAACGGUCACGUCUGUUGCUCAGUGGAUCCUCAGUGCCUUCAGGAGCUGUGAUUGGAAUUACUAACUCCACCGGAAGGUUUAUAGAAAAAUAAUGUUUUCACACUAAAAAAAAAAAAACUUACACCAAAAAUACAUAACAUUUAUAGAAUCAUAGAAAUUAAACAGUAUUUCCUAAACUAUCAAAAAGAUCAUUGUGCCCACAAUGAAUGGAAAACAAAAUAAAGCAAGAGAAGAAAUAAAACAUUCGAGCUAUGAGAAAUAUCGAAAAAAAAUUUAUUGUACUAAGGCCAAAUAUACAUCAGUUAUUGCUGAUCAUUUUGUGUACAAUACUCAACUGGAAUACAGAACGAUUAUUGGGCAGAUUUUUAAAAUCAUGAAAAUCAAUAAAUCAGUCAAAUGUUGUAAAAGUACUGUACCAGUUUUGGUUUGGGUAUAAAUUUAGCUCAAAGGGAAGUUGUCACCAAUUCAGAUUUUAUAUAGAUAUUGUAUAUACACUUCUAUACACUUGCAUAUAUACGAUUCAUAUCUCAUUGAAGCCAUUCUACCUUGCCUUGUAUCUGUGGUGGAAUAAAGACACAGCAUGGGACAGGGGGAGAUAAAUGUAUUUAUGUAUACGCACACAAACACACACAUAUACAUAAUACAUUUUAUACAUUAGAUAUUCAUACCCUUCUCAUCAUGUGAUAGUCAUCAAAAUAUAAUAAAUUACGAAUGAAUGCACUCUUCUUCCUAAACAAUAACAACAAUUAUUGCUGUCUCAAAUGUCACUGAUAUAAUUUGUCCAAAAUCUAAAAAGAAUAAUAAUUGAAAAUGAAAUUAAAUUAAAUUUCUUAGCUGUAGUUAAUUCUAUAUUACCUAUUGGUUACUACCACCGGUUUGUUCAUUUAGACAUUUUUCUAGCGGAGAGUCGUGGCAACUUGAGUACCAACCACAAAUAAAAUGCCAAAACAAUUGAAUUGCCAAAAAUGAUUCAGUAACUCAUCUGAAUUAAAAAAAAAUUCAGUUUGGAUAUUUCAGCCUACAUUUACCAAGCCAGUCACAACCAACAACCUGCUGUUUACUAAAUACAGAUUUUUUUUUCAUCAUUUUUAUGAAUUUUUAGUUUUCAAACAAUUUGGCAAACCUUUAAGCAGUAACAUCUAAAGAACCCCUAGUGUGCGUAUGUAUCAUCCAGCUACCCUGAAAGAACGAGACCUGACAAAGGACCAACUGGCAUUCAAAAACACAAAUUGGCUGCAGUGGUUUACGCUCCGUUGAGUUAAAGUAAACAAUUGAUAUUAACGUUUGAAUUCAUCGCUGUUACAUUUUUAUUUUUCACUGAUUUUUUUCUGAGCUAUUUUGUUACAUAUUGUAGAAAGUGUUUUGCAAAAAACAAAAAAAAUCUAAAUGAUAUCAAUGUGAUGUGUGUACAUUUAAUUCUUUGGUACACAUUCGAAACAAAACCAUUUAUUUAUGUCUUGGCAUGGUGCAGAAGUAAUGUUGGAAUCAAGGCCACCGUUUUCUCUUUUAUUGCAUUUUUAAGUUCAUGGUUGGAUUUGUUUAUGAUUGUAUUCUUGUGCAGAUUCAAAUAAAUGUUUCUCUUACAUACA